AUGCCUCGGGGUAUUCCCAAUGCCAAGCGGGAUGAGUCUGCUAUGCGGUACACCCUGUUCCAUGUACCUCUGCCGCUAAAUCCGAAGCAUGCCGGGACGCACUACCUGAAGUCGGAAUCGCAGACGCUGUGGGCGAGGAACGCCGCACGAGCGCACAGAACCAGGGCGCCCCCCUCCGAGGACGUAGUUACGCCCGAGGGAAGGCGGGGGUCGAAGGUGCUGGUCAUACAUCCUGGGUCGCGCUUCCUCCGAGUGGGAAGGGCUUCAGAUGUAAUGCCGAUCAUCGUGCCCAAUGUAAUCGCAAGGAAGCAUGAACCACCAGUGCCGGAGCCAAGGUAUAUCGAAGGCAUUUCACGACCAAGGAGGGACAAGGCACCAACCGAGUCUUCCUCCUCACAGAGCCAUGAUGAAUACGCCGUUCCGCUAAACUCAGAUGAUCCAUUUGACAUGAAAGUCGCUGCAAUCACGAUUUCUCUGCGCGACAGAAUGCGCUUCUAUAAACUGCGCGUGACGCCAAACGCGGCCAACAUUGCUUCGACAUUUAAUGAACAGUUUGUCCCAGAGACAAUACCGGAAAUGAAUGACCCGUUCCGCAUAGACUGGAUUCAAGGCAGCGUCGAGGAAGAGCAUCUUGCUAUCCACUUGGCGGACCCAGCGGCAUCUGGCUACGUAGUUCGAUGGCCAUUCUACGGCGGCAAGUUCAAUACAAGAGAUUAUCCUUCAAAUCAGAUGAUUUUGAGCGACAUUGAAACCAUUUUGCGUGACAUACUGUAUGAGAAGCUCGGAAUUGAACCCCGCACUUAUAAUGAAUACUCGGUUGUACUUGUGAUCCCUGACUUCUAUGAUCGAUUCUAUGUGGAGCACAUGGUGAGAAUGCUCUUGAUCACCAUGGGUUUCAAACAACUCUGUGCCCAGCAAGAAUCAUUGGCUGCUACAUACGGCGCUGGUAUCUCCAACGCGUGUGUCGUGGAUAUGGGUGCAGUCAAGACUAGUAUCGCUUGCGUUGAUGAUGGCCUGGUCCUCGCUGACACACGAAUGUCCCUCAACAUGGGCGGGGACGACAUCACGGAAUUCCUGUACGUGCUAUUGGAGCGUAUCAAGUUCCCUUACCGUGACGUCAACCUCGCCCGUUCGUAUGACUGGAGUGUCAUCGAGGACCUCAAAGCACGUCUCUGCACACUCGCAGAGGGCGACGUAGCUUUGAAUCUAUACGAUUUUGUAGUGCGUAAACCUGGAAGGGCGACCGAAAAAUACGGUCUUCGUGCCUAUGACGAAAUCAUCCUUGCACCUAUGUGUCUCUUUGAACCUCGCGUUAUUGAAUUCGACCAGAAGCGUGACGGGAUGCAGCCGAUCUCCCACCCCGACGUCUCAGAGGACAUCGUGGAGCAGAUUUCUGACUACUUUACGCAAGCGAUGGUAAUCUCAACGCAGCAUCUACUGCCGCCUGCAAUGCCGCCUACAAUCAUGCCACCAGAAAUCCCGUCGAUGCCGGCGUCGGGGACGCAGACUCCGGGUGCGAGUUCACAGCCGGCCUUCGUGGUAUCCACACAACCAGUACCAGGAGCGAGUACAGUUGGUGACGGCACGGCAGACCUCCCCAUGGAGAUCAUCGAUGUCGACGAGCUGGACAGCAAACCUUCGCUGCCCGGGAUGUCGCUGCCGGUGUCCGUCCAGCCGCUGCUGCAGCCUGCACACAUCUAUCCGGGUGGCUACCCCAUUGACGUGUGCUUCGAGGCAAGCAAACUCCCGCUAGAUGUCGCCAUAUUCAACAGCGCCAGGGCCGCGGGAGGGGAUGAGAAGAUCCGUAAAUAUCUGCAAGCCGUCUUGGUCAUCGGUGGGAGUGCCCUGGUGCCGGGCAUGGCACAUGCUCUCGAGAGCAGAUUACAAGCAAUUGCCACUCCACUGGUGCCUAACAUGGAGAAGGUCCAGAUAAUCCCUCCCCCGAAAGAUGUCGAUCCGCGUGCGCUCGGGUGGAAAGGAGCCGCUGUAUUGGGGAAGAUGGACAGCGUCAGUGACCUCUGGAUAACGGCUGCGGACUGGGACAUUCUUGGAAUGCGCGGAUUGAAGGAGCGAUGCUUCUAUCUAUGA